GCGAAACUCAAACAGAUCUGUCGGUAGUUUGUUGUGCUUUAACAGAUGUUACGGGUGUGUUUGCUUUGCUCUCCUUUGUUUUCCUUGUGGUGGACGAAUAUCUUGAAUAAUACAGUCAACGAAACCGCUUUAACGUUACGUAACGUAUAACGUUAACGUCGCCAACUGACUACCGAGAUAAGAUAUUUUUAGCAGUGAGUUAGCAUCACAUUGAAUUAGCCCGGCUAACGUUACCAAUGAGCACCAGCCGGAUUAAACCUGCGAGACACGACAGGUGUAAAGCUUCAGCCAGCCGGACCACGGAGCUCCCAGCCUCCAGAGCCAACAAGGUGCUGGCCGAGAGGAACCAGGCGGUGGUGGCGGUGGGAGCCUGGGUGGAAGGCGGACAAGACUUCUCGGAGCACCCGUGUGCUCUUGCUUUACAAACUGAAAAGAUCCAGGCAGAAAAGAGGAGGGAGACUGAAGAGAGCCUUCGACAAUUUCAAGAUGAAGUACGUCAUCGUGUGGCACAGCAAGUUCAAGUCAGCAAGAAGAGACAGCAGCCUCAGGCAGACUCAGUGAUGAAACCUGAUAGGAAAAUCCUGCAACAGCAGUAUCAAGUCUGGACCCAACAUGUGUCUGCUGGUGAUAAACUGAUGUCUGCGGGAGGUGCUGUACAACAGAGGGUGAUGGAGAGGAGCCCUCAGGAGUCUAGUGAAGGCAUGAGGCAGGUCAGACUCAGACUAGCUGCCUGUCGAAUGAUCCCGCAUGGGGAAAUGAUGUCAGACCUCCCCGGAGGCAAAUGGAACAUCUCUCCGAGCAGACAUAAAGCUGAAUCUCACGUGCUGAGAGCAGAGCAGGAAGUGGAAGAAGAGGAGGAGGACGUUGAGGAAGAGGGAGAUGAUCAUCUCUUCACCAGUCGACACGAAUGUCCCCUUGUUCAGCAGAAGGUUAAUGAAUACCCAUGGUGCAGCAGUGGCACCUUUCAUCAUGGUUCAGCAUGUAUGAGUGGGACUGUGUUGUGGGAUUCUGACAAAUCACAGCCUGAUCCUGGUUUCCAGUCCAACCCACAGGUCCUGUGGCCUCUGACUGACCAAGAAGAACUGAAAAGACAGCGUCAGUUUCAGUUCCUGAUGCACCGCCGUCUGUACAUGAACAUAGAGCGAGAGCAAGUGAAAGACAACAAACAGCACAGGAAACACCUGAAGAGGACUGCAAGGAUCAAAGCAGAGAAAGAAAAGCUUCGUCUGGAGGAAGAGAGAAAGUUGGAGAGAGUUCGGCAGCUCGCAGAGGCCAGACAGAAGCUGGAGGAGCGAGAGCUGCUGAUUCUGGAGCGACUGAAGCUUGAGGAGGAAGAGAGAGCCAUGGAGCUUCAGAGGAGGAAAAAAGAAGAGAAAGGGAAAGAAGCUUCAAGGUUCAUUGAAGCUCUGAGAGCUCAGAUGAAGGAGCGACUAUCUCAGGAGAAGCUGGAGCUCCCUCCUCUCUGCUGCUGCGCGUUCUCUUUCUGGGACUCCCAUCCUGACACCUGUGCUAACAACUGUGUGUUCCACAACAAUCCCAAAGCGUAUGCCAAGGCGUUGCAUUCAACAAUGUUGAGUUUGGAUUUACAGUAAAGGAAGCUGAUGAACUGCAGGCUUCUUGCUGUCUGUUUAAAGGAACAGUCCAACAUUUUGGGGAAAAACAGUGUAACCCAGAGUCAGUUUUAUCUCUUUAUGUCUAGUACAGAGAUAGGUCCAGUACGUGUUUAGACUCCCGCCUAAAAUAUUUCACUUAAUAUUUGAUGGAUUACCUUGACAUUUUGUGCAGGCAUUCUUGUUUUUUACAUGAUGAAUCCAAAUGACUUCAUCUUGCGUUACCAGCAGGUCGAAGUUUUAAUUUAUGCUGUGAAAUAUUUCUACUUGAUGGAUUUGCGCACAUUUUGUCCAGGCAUUGAUCUUUCCUAGAUGAUGUAUCCUAAAGUCCAAAGGAAUAAUAAAAAAAUUGCUUGGUGAAGCAGUUUAUAUGAUCGCAUCAAUCCGGUGCUAUUUCAUUCAUUCUACUGUAUUUUACAUUGUAAAUGGUCACAUCGUGUCUUAAAAUGUGAUACAGCAGUGUUUGCUUUGUAAUUCAUUUCAAGAAUAAAACAUGACUGCUGAUUAA